AUGGCUGUGCAAAUGCCCUUUGCUGGACUCCUGUUAAUGCACAGACUGGUGAGAAUCAGCAGUCAAAGACAUUUCAGUAGCAGGGACAUACUACAUAAAUGUAGGGAAGAGAGUACAAGAACCUUUUCCUCUGCUUCAGUAAAAUGUAACGAGUACAAGGGAGACGACUUAGACUCCUCACCCAUGAGCGCCAAGCCAACCUUCCGGCAAGCACUGCUGUCCAGAGGGAGGAGACCCCUGUCCCCCCUGGAGAGGAUCAGCAGCCUGCUGCCCCAGGAUGGCCUGAGCCCCGAGGUGAUGCAGCUGAGGGAGGAGCAGAACCAGACAAACCCUGAAGAAGACGUAGGCAUCCAGUUAUCAGUCACACAAGAGGAACAUGGGGCAAUCCCUACAGAGGAUGACUCGGAGACCCACAAUGCAUCAGAUGCAGCUAUGGAAACAGACACUCAUGAGGACAAAAGUAGGAUAUCACCCACUCUUCCUGGGGAGCGCUUGCUUGUGUUCGGGGAGCUGCUCGUCGCAGAGCUUCGUAAGAAGGGCCGGGUGGAGUUCAGGAAGAUGUUCAGGCUUCUGGAGGGGACACUUUUGCAGAGCAGCUGGGGGACUAUCCCGCACGACAACAUAGCCGGGAAGCCCGCAGGUAGCUUCCUGAAGACAGGCCGGGGGGUUCUCAUUCUCAUACGUCGGGCCAGUCUGGAGGAUUAUGUGCUGUACAUGAAGAGGGGGCCAGCCAUCGCCUACCCUAAGGAUGUAUCUACUAUGCUUAUGAUGAUGGAUGUCACAGAAGGAGACCGCGUGUUAGAAUCCGGAUCGGGGUCCGGGGCCAUGUCUCUGUUCCUGUCCAGAGCAGUUGGCUGUAAGGGCAGAGUGCUGAGCGUGGAGGUCAGGGAGGACCACUACAAGAGAGCGGUGAAAAACUACAACCACUGGAGGACGUCAUGGAGUCUGCGGCGAGGGGAGGAGUGGCCCGACAACGUCCGCUUUCACAACGCCGACCUCCGCACGACUUCCUCGCUCAUCGCCAACCAGGGAUUCCAAGCAGUCGCCCUCGACAUGAUCAACCCUCACCUGGUUUUAUCCACUGUGAUUCCACAUCUGCACCCUGGAGCUGUGUGUGCCGUCUACAUCGCCAAUGUAACACAGGUUGUUGACCUGCUGGAAGGGAUUCGUUUAUUGUCGCUCCCUCUGCUGUGCGAACGCAUCAUCAAUGUUCCAAUCCAAGAUUGGGUGGUGGCUCCGGCUCUCCAGAAAGACGGGAGGUACUGCAACAAGAAAGCUCCGAUUCUGGACGGAGACCAGAGGGAGGAGGCUGACAAAGAAGAGACGAGCACAGAGGGAGUCCCAGCCUUCGGGAGUGUUCCCUACAUUGCCAGACCCUGUCCUGAACAAAUGGGUCACACAGCAUUCCUGGUGAAGCUGAGAAAGUGUGAGCGGUAAGGAGCCCUGGAAAUAAAUUAUUGUAUAUCAACCAAAUUAUUUAUUAAUUUGAAAAAUAAAUGAUGUUUAAGUGAA